AUUUGGAGUUUACGAGGAGCAGUGAAGGCAGCAGAAGCCCCGUGACAGCCUUCCGCGGGAAAUUCAGUACUGGGAAACAUAGUAGCGCCAUAUAACCUCUAUUAACGCAAAUAAUUACUGUCAGUGGACGUUGCUGGUACAAUCAACUUAACGAAAUGUCAAAGAAGAAAGGACUGAGUUUGGAGGAGAAGAGAAGUCGCAUGAUGGAGAUUUUCUUUGAAACGAAAGAUGUGUUUCAGCUGAAGGACAUUGAGAAGAUCGCCCCGAAGACAAAGGGCAUAACGCCCAUGAGUGUGAAGGACGUGUUGCAGAGCCUGGUGGACGACAACAUGGUGGACUGUGAAAGAGUGGGUACGUCCAACUACUACUGGGCCUUUCCCAGCAAGGCCCUGCACGCUCGCAAGCACAAACUGGAGGAGCUGCAAAACCAGAUUUCUGAAGCAAAGCAGCGCAAAGUGUCUGUGCAGAAAGCGAUUGAAAAAGCCAAAGUAGGACGUCACGAUACCAAGGAGAGAAGCUCUCUGCUGACGGAGUUGCAGGCUCUGAGGGAGGAGCGGACUCAGCUGCAGGCCGAGUUGGAGAAGUACAGAGAAUGUGACCCCGAGGUGGUUGAGGAGAUGAGAAAGUCAAAUGUUGUAGCAAAAGAAGCCGUUUCCAGGUGGACAGACAAUGUUUUUGCCAUCAAGUCAUGGACGAAGAAGAAGUUCAACUUUGACGACAGCCGCAUUAAUAAAGCCUUCGGGAUCCCCGAGGAGUUUGACUACAUGGAAUGACUGCCAGAGUUCAUGAUCACAAUAAGGGAACAAUGUGUGUAAAGCUUCAGUUUGAAGCCAGUAGACCUGGUCUCAGCAGUUCCAGUUUAUGUUCUGUGUAUGAGCCUGGGGUGGGCUCUGAAUAAGGGUGGAUAUCAGUAACUUUGCUGUGGCAGAUGGACUUUAUCAGCCGAUAUGUUGCUUUGGUGAAACCAGAGAAGAGCAGCACCAAACAUUAGUGGCUGUGUGUGGAGAGAGGGGGUUCUGUGAUGAACACAAGCCAGCACCCUGACUGUUGGGACACCUGUUUGCAUGAAAACUGAGAGCCCCAAGUUGAUGAUGGAAAGGAAUCAACACUUAACACAUCUGUGUAGCCAAUGAUCUAAUUCAUAUGUUUUAAACAGAUGGUUUGAAAUCAAAUGCUUGUACACCCAGUCCUCUUCACACAAAGUGCACUGGGACUGAUGUUGGGAAAUGUUUAGGAUAUGUUCUGUGUACAAGUGCUGUUAAUAUUUAAAGUACAUUUACUUUUUUGCAGAACCUCUUCUCUCGUCCUGCAAAUAAAAUGUCCCUUUGAGUUUUACAAGUUGUUUUCUGCAGUUGUAUUCAUUGCAGAACUGUGUGCGCAGUGUGCAAAUGUAUUAACGCCAGGCUUAAUACAUGUGUUUCUUCCUUUCUGUAGAAAUUGCCACUUAAACAUUGAAAAGCACAACAUUGUUUUCCAGAGCUGCACACUCACUUUGUGUAUGACCAAAAAAGGAAACGUGUUGUCAUGACAUGUCUAGAUGACUGCUGCUCUGCUUAUUUCCUCCCUUUUCCGUCUGUCAAACUAGAUGCAAAACAGGUAGUUGUCAGUUCUGUGUUUACUCAAGACGAAACCAAUGUGUCUGGGUUUGUUGAUUUAAAUUUAAAAUGUGCUUGUCUUGUCUUACUCCUCAGUUUUCUUUACAGCAGAUGAAUGCAAACAUGUUUUCUGUUGAUUCGUGACUUUUUAUUUAUAAUGUUGCUUAAUACAAGUUAUUCUUCAUUUGUAAGCCAUUAAAGAAGAACAUGUUAGUAGUACGAGACAAAUGUUAUGUGAAAUAUAUGUAUCCUUGCAAACACUGCAUCCUACUGAUUGUCAGUUUCCUGUUGCUUCUUAAUGACAUGACGUUAUUGUUACUGAUAAGGAUAAUCUACUGCUAAACAAAGGGCAGCUGCAAAUGUCUCUUCUUACAUGUCGUGUAUUUAUUACCCUGGUGACUAAAAUAUAUAUAUAUAUAUUCUAAACGCUCAGCUGCAG